CCUGUCUAAAGAAGCAAUCAAUCAAUCAAUUCCAAAUUCUGCACCAUGGCCAAUACCAAAGAGCUGACCAAGGAUGUCAGGGACAAGAUUGUAUACCUACAGAAGGCUGGAGUGGGCUACAAGACCAUCGACAAGCAGCUUGGUGAGCAGGUGACAACAGUUCUAGAUCUAUCAAGAUCUCACCUUUUGAGUUUCAAUAAUCAUGAGAACAGGUGUAGUCAGAUGAGACCAAAAUCAAGACACAAAUCUCUGUUUUAACCAAGGAGCUCAUUUAUCUAGCCAAUAUAUGCAAAGGUCACUGACAGGGUUGCAAAGACUCGGGGAAGGUAAAUACACUAAUAUGAAGCAUAAAAAUGGUAUAAGAAUAAGACAAUUGGUUGGAAGCUAUGUUUUAUAGUUAAAGUUUAAAACAUUUGCAUUUAUUCUUAAUCACACCAAUCAUUUUGCUCCAGAAGAUAUUGAUUUAUCCACUGUGGUUGCAUGGAUUACAUUGCAUGGCACACAUUUGCUUGUAUUAUAUGGACUGAAAGAAAUUGAUUAUUUUUUCUAAAAAUAUUCAUUUAUGUUCAUCUGAAGAAUGAAAGUCAAAUACAUCUGGUAUUCUGCCCUUCCUGAAUGUUGUUGUUCAGUUUGGCAGAUAGGUAAACAGUUUGAGAGAAAAUCUUCUGAGAGACAAACAUUUCUUUGUGCAUUUGUAAUGUUUCAUUGUCUCAUGUUCAGCCCACAAACAUAUUAAUCUAUUAUUAGUCUAAGUGUAAAGUACUAACAGUAGUAAAUACAACUGCCACAACUGCUAUAAAUGUGGAAGAAAAUUAAUGCAAAGACUAUUAGCUUGAACAAUUAUGCCAUAGACAGGCUAACAGAAAUUAGCAUUGGCGUUACGACCAAACAAGAAAAAUAAGAAACUGCAAAUCACUAUUUCACUUUACACUCUCAAAAAUGAACUUAGUAUGUUACUACACAGGAAAAAUGGCAGAGUAUUUUUUCCAGAGACAAUAUUCUUUUCCUCAAAAAUAGCAGUUUUUGCUCUAUUUUGAGUGUACAGAGUAAAAUGUGUCAGUAGAGUGAAAGCAAAAUUACAGAGUAACUGUGACUCCUCCCCAUCGUCUCCUCACAAAGUUUAAUUUAUUCGCCAUUACUGUACACGAUCAUCCAGCGUUGCAGACUGUGGAAUCAGAAGAGAAGGCACAGUUCUAUGAGAUGUAAGUAACUACAUUUUUAAGUAUAAUUAUUUAUUUUAGUUUUGAGCCUCUGUUUUGUAUAUCAAUAUCUGGAUCAAUUUUAAUUUUAGAACUUUGCUUAAUUUAGAAGUCCGACUAAUCUUGAAAGCAAAUAGUUAAUAUAUAGAAUACAAAUGUAACAAACAUUAAAUGACACAGGUGAAAUUGCAAACUGUUUAUUAAAUGUUUGUAAGCUAAAUUAUUGUGGCGAGGAUCGAGUUAAGAGUUACUCGGUAAAGAGUUAACAGCCUUAACUGGAUUGCUUGAGGCCAUUUUGAUGUGCAUUAGCCCUAUUCGGACUCUAAUUUCUCACGGUAACGUAAGAUAUUAUCAAUAUUGUACCGUUUCAUUCACAAGCUCGUUGUUGGGCUUUUGACAUUGAUUAAUAUGUCAAUAUUAUAUGAAUAUUUUUUGCAAGUGUUAGGGUGCUCACACUGAAUUUGCAUACUCCUCAGCAAAUGUGAGAUUUUGCCAUUAUUGUGGAACACCUUGCAAUGACCUUGCACUUUUUUUAUAUGGACACGUUUGUUCGCACAAAACCCACUCCUAAAUCAUAAAUAAAUCGCCAUCUGAAUGCAUGAGUUUUAUCACUGAGUCGCCAUUAGGAUUAUAUUUUCAGACAUCCAUGAGAAAAAUGGUCUGAAUAGGGCUAGCAUGCUAGCACCAUGCAUAAACUGUUGAACAGUUAUUACAAAUUAAACACACCAGUGAAGAAAAAAUAAUUCAUGUUGAAUGUCAUCUUCAUUAUUGCUUUGUGUUCGUCUUUUUGCUCCCUGCAGGAUGCAAACCAACAACGUUGUCACAGUGAAGUAUCUAUGAGUGAAAUAUAUUUUUUCUUCAAAACCUUUUACGUUUCAAACGUUUUUGGAAUGUGGUAAGAGGAGAAACUUUAACAUUGUUAAUAUCAUUAAUACGUUUCCUUCAAAAAUUUUAAUAGUGUAAAACUAAGUUUAUGGUUGAAACUUACUGUCAUUGCUGGUUUUUGUUAAUUUGCACAAUGGUUUUUCAUCCUUCAGUUGGCAAGAAAUGACUCGAAGACAGAGACUGAUGAGGAAGCAUUUGAAUACCUGCUGACACGACCAGACCUUGGUGUCCUAGAAAUUUUGAUCUCAGGCAAAGAACGUUCUGAUGAUUCUUUAAGCUUAAGCUCAGUAGGAGAUACCCGAAGGUACAUCAGAGCCUGACUAGAUGAUUAGAAGUCCUCCUAAAAAAAAUCAAGCAGAAGAACAUCUUGCUCAAAUGAUUGAAAAUAUUCUAAAGACCAGCCCUGGAGGUGAAAAGAUUGCAAGUGAAUACGCUCGCACUAAAAGUCUGUCAGGUAGCCGAAGACAUGACAUGGUGAAAAUCUUGGUAGCACAUUUGAGAACAAGGCCUUCCCGACACUUGAAGGAACAAUAUGCAAAGGGAAUCAUCUCCCUCUUCCCAAAUUUGGCUGACCCCCAGGAGCAAACUUGGCUAUGAGCAUUAUUACAAUGCAGAAGAUGGAAGUGGAUUUUUGGCAUGAAGACUUAAAACUCUGCAAAAAGAAGCAUCGGAGGGUCGGAUGAAACGCCCACGGUAAUCACAAACAGAUUGAUCAAGAUUUUAGACUUCUAUUUGGUGAUGCAACCUCUGCAAAGUUGUUGGAGAAGUGGUCCACCAGCAUAAAACCAAAGGUUAUUGCCCACAGCCGUGGCCUCACACAGACUUGUGAGCUCCAAGAACUCAUCCAAAAUGCUGAAGAAGACUUGUACAUGUAUCCAAGGGCACCUGGAUGGAAUUGGAGAAAGUUUCCAGCCGUAUCUACUUGCUGUUGGACCAAUGAAAAGUAGGAUCCAGAGAUGGUUUACUGUAAUUGACCAACAUGCUCUACCAUGCAAGGCCUCUAAUUCACUGGCCUGUGUUGAUGAGCUUUUCAAAGCUCACUUUGUCUUUGGCACCUCAUACUGUCAGCAAUUGACCAAUGUGUAUAGCUUUCUGCAAACCACUGUUUAUGAUCUAGAUGUUGAAGUUACCAAGGUGAAUCCCAGAGUGGCUGAGUUGAGAGCUAGAAUGCUCCAGUAACCAGAUGAUUUGUUUCAUUUGUAAAAGGGGGCAGUCGAUGCCAAUUCCCUUGUAAGGCACUAUAAGUUAUUCCAUGGCCUUUGUUCAGGGAAAAGACUUAAGUUAAAAUGUGCUCAAAGAGGUUGUUCACAUGUUUACCAUAGUUUUUCUGGGUUACGAAAGCAUCGCAGUAAUGUUUUGCAAUUGAUAGUUCAUGCCUCGAUUCUGGGGAAAGCUCAUCCACUGCCAACUCCAUUUUAUUAGGGGAUGUACAGUAGGUUAUUUACCAAACACAAAUUCAAACUGUGAGUCUGUACCUCUAAAAACAAAUAUAGUAGACAGUUGUGUAACAGUGGUAGCUGAACUUGAAGUUGCUGGUGUCACAGAGACAACUAUUAACUAUGUUGUUAGUGCUUUAGAAGAAGUGAUUGGAGACAUUCAUAGUGAAACUCGAGAAUCUGUGAAAAACAGCUUAUCUUUAUCUUAUCCCAUAAAAAGUAUUGUUGAGUCACAAAUUGACUGGUAUUUUGAUAAAAUACUAAAUUUUUUGUGGCAAUGUACACUGAGAGCAAGAGAAUGCAGUACUUUUCAGAGAAAUGGGGAAAAAUAGAUCCUGUUCAAUAUGUUCUCGGAACAAGAUUUGCUACAAGGUAUAACAGAACAACUGGAACUUUUUCCCAAACCAUUGUUAAGGAUAAAUAUGUAUAUAUACCAAUUCUAGAGACAUUACAGUUCAUUUAUAAGCACCCUAAAAUUAAAGAUAUGAUGGCGAGAGACUCACAACAAAAAACAAAUUUUCUUUAUGACAUGAUGGAGAGUUCUUUAAGAAUCAUGAACUCUUCUCAAAACAAAGGCAUGCAGUUCAGAUCCAACUUUAUUUUUGAUGAAUUUGAAUGCGUAAAAACCCUUGGGUCAAAACGAGGAAUACAUAAGUUAGGAACUAUCUAUUUUACCAUUAGAAAUAUUUCCCCAAAAUACAACUCCAGUUUACUAAAUAUCCAUUUAGUCGCUUUAUUUCAUGCACAAGAUAUCAAAAUAUAUGGGUUUGAUAAAAUACUAGAGCCGCUUGUCCAGGAUAUUUCAACACUGGAAACCAAUGGAAUUCGGAUUCCUUUAUUUGAUCAUACAGUUUAUGGAACCAUUGUCCAAGUUACUGGUGACAACCUUGGUGUCCAUUCCAUAUUUGGUUUCGUGGAACCGUUUAGUGCUAGGUACUGUUGCGGCUUUUGCCUACUAGAGAAAGAGGACUUUCAAACAGUGUUCAGUGAAGAUAGUCCAAGGAUGUCAUUGCGAACUAAAGAACUUCAUGCAGAACACUGCCAGAGAAUGCAGAGCAAUCCCGGUCUUCCUUAUGUAAUGGGAGUAAAAAAGUCUUACCUUUUAAAUUUUUUGCAAUAUUUUCACACCACUGCAAAUUUUUCAGUUGAUAUUAUGCAUGAUAUAUUAGAUGAGGUUGCACAAUAUGAGAUGAUAUUACUCAUUCAUCAUCUGAUUGGCAAUUUCACCACAUCAGCAGAAGUACACAGAAGAAUUCAGAGUUUUAACUAUGGCUUUAUGGAACAAAACAACAAACAUCCUGGUGUAGAAUUAAGAGAGGGUUCCAAUGACUUGGGCUUAAAUGCCACUCAGAACUGGUGUUUACUGCGUUAUCUGCCCAUUAUAUUUGAAGAUAUUGUGUGUCCUAAUGAUCAGCACUGGUUUUUGUUCAUUUUAUUGCUUGUCAGUAUAGUGUUUUCUUCGGUUAUAUCCACUGGUAUUACCAUUUAUUUGAAACACCUGAUUGCAGAGCACCACAGUUUGUUUAAGCAUUUGUUCCCUGAUAAGAAAUUGUUGCCAAAGCAUCAUUUUAUGGUGCAUUAACCUAGUUGUAUGCAGAAAAUUGGACCACUGUUACAUUGUUGGUGCAUGCGUUAAGAAGCAAAGCAUAACAUUUUUAAUAAGCAGCUGAAAAGCUUUAAAAACAUAACGAAAACAGCAAAGAAACACCAGUGCCAAAUGGCUUACAUUUGGCAAACAUUUGAUCCAAAUGACAUGAAAUCAAGUUCUGGGAAAAUGGUCCCCUUGAAUAAAAUAGAAGUUUGCACUGAGAUGGCUGAGAAACUUAUUGUGCCCAUGUGGACUAAGGUCCUAAAUGUGAAAUGGGUCAAGUACUGUGGAAAUAUAUAUUGGUCAUGGUUAGCAGUUUGUGUUCAGGUUCAAAAUGACAUGCCUGUAUUUCAUGUAAUCCAGAAUAUUGUUGUCUAAGAUGAACAUGUCCUUUUGAUAACAACUGCACUGAAAACUGUUUGUUUAGUUGAACAUAUUCAUGCUUACAAAGUUGCACAUACCGUAGAAGUACCUUGUGUUUUGGAUGUUAAGGAUAUUUUGCACCACACACUGUUUGACAUUCUGAUGUCUUAUGGUUGUGAUUCUGAUUUGUUUA